CGGUUAGCACACGACUCCUUCGUGCCCGAUUAAUGCGGACCCAAGGUGGUGCCACCACCACCAUUUGUAUCACCACCGUCCUAAUGCUUCCGCUGCACACCUAGUUUUCACCGCCACGUCAUCACCACCAGUGUUCAUAACCAUCAUGGUAUGCAUUAGGAACGACUUAAACGUUCACACGCAAGAACUUAAAUUCGGAUCAAAUGACUUGUUUAAAGAGUCAGUCAAUCUCCGAAUCGAUGAAACCGAUCCUGUUUAUAGAUCCAGAUUCAAGGCUUUCAAUGAACAAAGUGACGUUGCAGAUAACGAAUUCGCUAUUACUUUGAGGAAAGAAGAAUCACUUAAUCGUGAUAACUGCACGUGGUUAUCGCUAACUGGCGCAUCGUCCCCAUCGUCGUGCUGUAAAGAUUACGGUCUAUCCGGUUACAUGGAUCUUAAAAUAGACGCCUGGUUCAUUUCGUUAUUAUCGAAACAAUCAUCGAGAUCCGAUACACUUUUGAACACGAAAAUCACAUUCUUUGACGGUUCUAGAGUAAACCCGAUCGAAGAAGCAUCUUUUGUUCUCGAUCAAAGCGAAAAACCGGAUGAAAAAAUUGUUUUUGAGGAGAAUUUGGAGGAAGAAGAAGUUGUUUUGUGGCUAAAGAAUGAGUCAGAAUGUUGUAGUCAAACUUUGGAUAGCAGGUCAAAGUCAAAGUCAAAGUCAAAGUCAAAGUCAAAGUUUGCAUAUUUUACAGACAGCAGUGAUCAACAGUCUUUGUUUUCUUCAUCUUCUAGCUCUGAUCACUCAUCAGAAGUCAUGGAUUUGGAAGAAAUUAGUACGGAUAAACCGCUUUUUUGGCCGCUUAAUUCAGCGUCCGAUUGGUGUUCCGAGACUAAAUGGGAUUACUUCAUUAUGUCGCCGCGUAAAGAUAUAUACAAACUCGGUAUGUCACCAAAAACUACUUAUAAUCGAGAACCAAAUUCAAAACAAGGCUGCAACAGAAGACUCGUGUUUGGAACAGACUCAAAAUCAUCGUCAAACAUGAUAAAAAGCGCGAAUGUAGUAGCGACGGAGCAAGAAGUUGACCGUUUGACCAAACCGUCGGUGAGCACGCAUAAGAUAGUGUUGGAAGAUCUUUUGUUAGUAGAUAAGUUGAAUGCAGAAGGUGUGAUUGAGCAAGUAUUAGGACUUGGUGAAUUUGAUGGACAUGAGGGUAUUGAAGAUGAGUUCGACGAAGAUGAUUUUUCUCUACGGUUUUGAAAACCGGACCAAAACAGACCUCGGGUUGAACCAGGAACGAGCCUCGUUAUCGGUUCGAAAUUUCCUAGUUGUGGAUUUUUUUUUUGAAUUAAUCAUGGUGUAAUCCGUUUUUUAAACUGUCGAAGAAUUUACUGAGAGGCGAACAGUAGAGCGGUCGGUUUGAUGAGCGGUGCGGUUUUCAAGAAAAUGGUUCUUGUUCAAAUUCCAUGAUUUGGGGUUUUCCAAAAUUUGUACUUCACGUCUCCUAUAACUCUCCAAACAUUCGAUUUCGAACUUAACACUUGGAGCACCUCUUUGAUUCUCGCCUUUCCAGUCCCCUACAAUAACCUUGUAAUCAUCUUGUGGUGAAUCAUAUAUAUUAUCUCAAGCAAGAUUGACUCU